AUGAAAUCUGCAUUAACCUGGGAAAUCAUUGCGCAAUGCUCACGAACAAAAGCCAGAGUUGCAACGCUUACACUUCCUCAUUGUCCACUUGAAACUCCUGUAUUUAUGCCAGUUGCAACUCAAGGAACUAUGAAAGGGGUAACUUCGAAACAACUUGAAGAUUUGAAUUGUGACAUAAUACUCAAUAACACAUAUCACCUG